AUCCACACCAGCCAUGAAACCCAAAUUGCCUUUUAUAGGGAGAGAAAUAGAGCAGAUGGAUAAGGGGGUGAGAAAGAAAAGAAGGCAAUCGCCAUUAAUACCAAAAUUGACCACAAACCAUAGUUAUUUAAAAGUUUAAACAGUCAGCUUUGAAUCAAAAGGCCCUACCAAAUUUAAUCGAAGACCAGAUCAGCUUCAUAUUGAAUUCCAUUUUUCUUCUUAGCCGACCCCCCUGGGCCUCUUCAAGUAAUCAGAUAUUAAAGUCUUUCAAAUUCAACCGUUGAGUUGUAUGAUUAAAUCCACCUUCACAGGUUGAGCACUUUCCCCAGUCAUCGUUUUAGUCAACAUGAAGUCUUUAAUUAAAAAAUCAAUAAAAACAAAGAAUAAUUAAUGGUGGUAUCACUUUCAAACUUCAUUUUCAACCAAGCUAAUUGCAUUCACGUGAUGACGUGAACGCACAUUGGCACUUUCCUUUCACUUUUCUCUUUCAGUUUGCCCCCUAAAAGACACGAUAAACUCUCAAAAAGACAUUUCCAGACAAAGCCAUCUUCUCGAAAGUGUUUUAGCAGACAAGAAAAACAUGGAGCCACCUGCAACGCAAUCCAUUGAGACUUCCACCAAGAGUUUCCAGGUUGAAGAAGAUGAACAAGACAAAGUUGUUGAUGAAUGCUGUUCUUGCUGCUAUGACUGCACGGAGAGCUGCUUUGAUUACUUAUGCUGUUACAACCUUUGUUAGAAUAGUUUACAAAGUUUGUCAUGGAAAAACUCAAUUCUAUAUAUUCCGAGAUUGUUCUAGCCUUUUCUCAAUGAAAAAAAGACCAGAUAUUGCUUUAGAAGGAACUAGUACUUCAUAUUAUUCUUACCAUGUUAUGAUGAUGUUUUUUUUGUUUCAUCCAGCUUUUAGCUUCUUUCUUCUUUUCUUUUUUUUUGGUCAGAAAAUAUAAUUCCAAGAGUAUUAAUUGACAUCUAGAACUUUGUUUCCUUCACUUUUGAAGUAAUUACAAUGGCUUUUUAAAGUGCUUUUGGCUCAGUCUGAUAUUGUAAACUCCAAAUAUUUGGUGGUCAAGAAGCUGGGUUGCUGAAUAUGACUCUUGAGAAUUAAGCUAUUGGAUAGCACCAAUGAGUUGGAUACAUGACAAUAUUGUUCAAAUUGAAAGGUAUCUUUACCUCUAAAAGGAGCCCAGUUCAUCCUGA